AGGAGAGAGUUAGACAGUUGAAAGACAUCCUCUCUAGUCUUAUGUGCAUCUAUUGAUCUGCAGCGUCCAGGUGGUUUGUCUGUCAGAGCAACGAGGGGAAAACGGGCAGGAAAAGGGUGAAAAAAGAAGAAAAGAGAGUAUGGAUCUGUUCUGCAGAAUGAGUGUGUGAGAGCACUCCAGCUGAGCGACACAUCACACGCGAAAUGAGCACGCUCAGUUUGCAGACCCAGCGCUACUUUCUGCCGCUGCCAGGAGUUCAGUUGACAUCUCACCUGCGUUUGAAGACCUGUGCCACCAGCUGCUCCUCAGAGAUGACGGGUUCAUGAACAUGUCUUUAAAAUCUGGAUAAAAAACAAGUUGGCUGACACCAAACCAAGAACAAAGACUGGAUCUUUUGCCUCCUGUGGUGAACAGAGAACCCUCAGGUCAUGUUGGAGUCAUGGAUUAGGAGAUGAGUCCUGAAGUGGAACCAAGGAGGGAUGAGAUUGUGGAGGGUGAGAGCUGCCACUGCCCUGUGGCACCUCCGACUGCCGCCUCCAUCACCUCCCUGUGAGCAUGCAGGUCCUACAGAUCGUCAAGGAGCUGGUGUCGCCGUCCAGACACAGAGCAGCAGCCAGAUUUGGAGCGUCUGAUACCGAGCAGGAUGCGGCUGUGAAACUGGACCAGGAGCGGGCUGAAAUAGUCGCCAAAUAUGACAAGGGAAAAGAGGCUACCGUGGAGCCCUGGGAGGACACCAACUUCCACCUGUACAAAGUCGUUGACCGUUUUGGCUUCGUCCAUGAAAAUGAACUUCCAUCCUACGACUCGCUGGAGGAGAAGCAAAAACACACGGAGUUAGAGAGGACCACCAAAUGGCUGAAGAUGCUCAAGAGUUGGGACAAAUACAAGAACAGUGAGAAGCUGGUCCGGAGGAUCUACAAGGGCAUCCCCCUGCAGCUCCGAGGGGAAGUCUGGUGUCUGCUGCUCGAUAUUCCCAGAAUCAAAGAGGAGAAGAAAGACUUCUAUGAGAAGCUGAAGGCCAGAGCCAGAGGACUGUCCCCUGACAUCCGACAGAUUGAUUUGGAUGUGAACAGAACCUACAGGGACCACAUCAUGUUCAUGAAUCGCUAUGAUGUCAAACAGCAGGCCCUCUUCCACGUCCUCACAGCCUACUCCAUGUACAACACAGAGGUGGGCUACUGCCAGGGCAUGAGUCAGAUCACAGCUCUGCUGCUGAUCUACAUGAACGAGGAGGACGCUUUCUGGGCUCUGGUCAGACUCCUGUCAGGGCAGAAACACGCCAUGCACGGGUUUUUUAUCCCUGGUUUCCCGAAGCUGAUGCGUUUCCAGGAGCACCAUGACCGCAUUCUGAAGAAGAUGCUGCCCAAACUGAAACAGCACCUGGACAACCAGGAGGUGUUUACAAGUCUGUACACCAUGAAGUGGUUUUUCCAGUGCUUCCUGGACAGAACUCCCUUCACCCUCACCCUCAGGAUCUGGGACAUCUACAUUUUAGAGGGCGAACGGGUGCUGCCUGCCAUGUCCUACACUAUCCUCAAAAUGCACAAGAAGCACCUGAUGAGGUUGUCCAUGGAGGAGCUGGUGGAGUUUCUGCAGGUGGCUUUAUCCAAAAAUUUCUAUUUCGAGGACGACGUUGUAAUCGAGCAGCUACAGGCGUCUAUGACGGAGCUCAGGAGGGCAAAGCUGGAUCUGCCAGCACCAGGUAAAGAGGAAGAGUUUCCAAAGAAGCCUCUGGGGCAGCUUCCUCCUGAGUUGGCAGCAGAGGUGAACCAUGUGGGUAAUGGUCAAAGCCACGCAGAGCCAGUUGAGCUGCCAAGGGACUCUAGUCCCCGACCAGACCAGCAACGGGACAGUCGGUCUCCGAGUUGGGCGCGCCAGGACUCGUUGGACAGACCAAUUCGCCACCACAGGGUGGACAAAAGGGAUGCCCAUUCCAGGGGAUCAAGUGAGAUUCCCAGUGAGCGGCUAAAACAGUCCACGUCCACCACACCUGAGAGAGGAGUAACUCCACCGUCAGCCACCAUGCCAACAUCACAAGUCACCACAGUGGAUAAAGGGAAGCUUCAGAGCCACGCCAUAGCCAACCACAACUCCAAUGCAGCUUCCAGCUCCCAUAGAGAUAUCACCCCCCGCUGGUUCAAGCCCUCAGAGACAAAGCUAGAAGCUGCCAAAGCGGCAGCAGCUAGAGAGACCCAUUUGAGCCGUGGGACGUCUCCAGCCCCCUCUAGUCCAGAUGACAAUGCCCUGUUCCAUCGUCGUCCUCGCUCCAGGGGACUUAUACCCGGCUCUGAUCGUGGCUCCAAUGCCUCCCAGUAUGAUAAUGUACCGGGGCUGCCAGAGCAGGAUUUUGAGAUCCUGGAACUUGAAAGACCUCCGUCCAGAAUGCGGGCCCCUCGCAGUGAGACACCCUUUGGUGUAUCGGCAAUGCAUCAGAGAAGCCCAGGCCGUGGACCAAGCCUGGCUGGAAGUGUCAUCUCCAUCACAUCAGGGCCUAGAAUAGCCAAACACCCUCUUCCUUCUUUCCCCCACAACAGUCCAGGAGGGGUCCCAGGCAGCUAUUCAAGUAAUCAGACUCGGUACCAUGCACCUUUCCAGCAGCAAUCUCCAGGAAAAACUACUGAGGUUCCUAUCCUUCAUCCAGCCUACAGUGUGAGUUUGGACCAAAUGGGGGAGGACAGACUAUAUGCUUCUCCCUCCAGCAUGGCAUAUGGAGAGCUAGCAUACGCAACCACCCAACGGCACCCCAACAGCCGCUCCCCUGAGAAGGCCCUUAUGAAUAAUUCCUUAGCCACUUACAGGAGGCAGCCACCACUUGGCUCAACCCGCAACCUCCAAAACACCCAGUCUCCUCCAGAGCUAGAAACCCACGGCAGGUCUACGCCCAUCUACCGGCAACAACUCACAUCAACCGCACAGAUCUACACUCAGGUGGACUACAGAUUGGAGGGGCAUCAGAGAGGUGAGGCCCACCCUCAUUACCUGCCAGAAGGCAGGUCUUGGCAGGCUGUAGAUGGGCUCCAAUGGGAUCCAGAGAAUGAAACUCUGCCUCAAUCGCCAGGCGGGAUGCCCCGCUCGCCAAGUUUUCAGCGAGCCCAAAUGUCUCCUGUUCCAGAGUUUACUUUUCCCUCCAACCCAGACACUCUGUCUCACUACAGGACACAAUUUCAGGAGCAGCAGCCCGUCAUACGACAAAAGCUGUUUGGAGGACCACACUAUAGGCACGCACAGGAAGCAUUCGCCAUGCAAGAGUCCAUGCUGCUGUGAUCGACAAGACAAAAAAAAUGACUAGACACUGUAAAAAAUAAAAACUGAGGUGUAGUCACCGUCACUGUGGUAAAGAUGAGCAGUAGUCCUAGCUUUGUUAGGAAUCUUUGUGUGAAGUACUGAUCUCCUGACUGUCACACUGCAUCGUAAUGUUGCAGGACACACCAGCCAUCAAUGUUUUUACUGAUCGCUUUAAAAAGAAAAAAAUUACUGACUGAAGAUUUUAUUUUAUUUUUGGAUGUAAAUCAUUAACAGGUGACAGUAUAUAAAUAUAUCUUUUAGAGUCUGAUAUGUACAGUGGAUUUUAUUAAUAUUCUGAUUUACCAGUAGUAGGGGAGUGUUUCCCUGAGGAAGCAAAACUGAUUUAUUUUCCAUGUUUAUUUUUUUAUAUAUUACGCGCAGGUAUUUACAUUAGAGAUUAAAUAACUAUAUGCUUGUGAAUGUUACUUAAAAAAAAUUGUCUGAUGAAUUUAAUAGCAAGCAGUAUUGGAUGGGUUACAGUAAAGUUUGACGUGGCAUGAUGGAAAGAGCAGGUUGUUUAAUUUUACACUUGUUACAGUCCAGUUCCAGCAAUGACUUCAGAACUUCAUUACCUAAUGUGAAAUGUAUUUCUCUCCUACAGGCAAACUGCAGGACUUUAUUAACGCAUACUUUGAGGCCAGUCUAGUUUUUAUUGAUUAGCAACCCUAAAUAGAGAUCUAAUUUGAGAGGGCUAUAGAAUAAAUACUUGAUUUACCACAGGUUGUCUUGGGGGUGUUUUUUUAAUUGCUGUAAAAUGGUUUCCACAUUCUGAACAGCAAAUCUGUACUACCCUCAGUUUGCUUUACUACAUUGUUAUUUUCAUCUCUACUGUGUCAACUAUUCUGACACCUCUAUUAGCGUACAGCCAUCUGGCACAGAUGCACUACAUGGUAUAACUGAGUUGCUCAAAUGUUAGCGAGUCACAUUCCUUUUUAUUUGUCUGGUUUUCAGUUAAAUCAGAGACAUACUAUUCAUUACAUUCCCUAUCUUUGUGGGGUUUUUUUUAAACUGAACUGCAGACCAUUCUGACACUUUGCUUAAUAAAUGAAGUGGGGUGAAAAUCAA